AUGGAAUUUUACUGGAUCCUCGGAUUCGGAUUGCUCCUUAUUUACGGUGCAAUUCCCACAAAUGGACGCUGUGAGAGGGGUUUGGUCUUGCAGCAUGGCUCCGUGAUGUUCCGGGCCAGAAAUAUGGUUCGUUUCCGGUGCAAUCGUGGCUAUACGCUCGAGGGAAAUCAGAUUGCGACCUGCGAUAACAAUGGUCGCCUCAGGGGCGAGAGACCCUUUUGUGCCAGUGAUGGUUGCCCGGAGCAGGAUCCAAAGGUCACCGGGAUCGUGUUAAAUCUUGGUAAAAAGUCCGUAAUAGUUUGCCGUGACGGUUAUGUCCUGGUGGGCAAUCGGGCUGCAUACUGCGAUGGAGAGCAGUGGAACACCGAGCUGGGAACUUGCCUUAGAAGUAAUUAUACCCAGGAUCAUUCCUGUGACUUUGAGAGUGAGGACCAGUGCGGUUGGGAAACGGAGACAACAUUCCGGCGUCCCUGGAAACGAGUUAGCACGGUGGCCGAAUUCCAUUCGGUGAGGACGGGACCCCAGCAUGAUCAUACCUUCCGGAACAAGUCCGGUGGUCAUUACAUGCGCAUGGAGACAGAGAGCGGAGCCUUUGGCAGCUAUCACCUAAUCUCACCAAUCUAUCCCAGGGCCUUGAGUCUGAAGACAGCCUGCUGCUUUCGCUUCCACUACUUUAUGUAUGGCGAAGGAGUCGACAGUCUGGUGGUGUCCGUAAAGCCGGUCUCGAUGUCAAUGGCUAACAUGUGGAAUCGGUUCAGGGCCAACUCCAGUAAAUUCGAAAUGAACGGCUCCCAGGGCACCGAAUGGCUGGAGCACACGAUCACCAUCGAUGAGAUGGAGGAGGACUUUCAGGUGGUUUUUACGGCCACGGAUGCCCGAGCCCGUUUUGGGGACAUCGCCAUCGAUGAUGUUAAGCUAAUGACAGGCAAGGAUUGUGGAAUGGGUGAAUUCACCACAACCACGGAGAUAACAGAUGCUACCGAACCGGCUAUUUUUUCCAUGAUGAACUGCACCGGUCGAUGUGGACAACCGAUAAAUCCAGGAAGGAUUGUUAUAUUCUCCAAAAGGGGCUUGACUUUGGGCUGUGGCUGUGACGAUGACUGCACGAACAAUGAUAAUUGUUGUUUGGACUAUGUUGAGGAGUGUGUGAAGGGAAUAUAUUCAUCGCCCAAUGAUUAUGAUGUAACCUCCCCAAUACCUACGAUUACAACAACAACUACACCUACAACUAAACCAACAACUACAAAAACUACACCAACAACUACAACCACGACAACAACUACGACUACUACAACUACACCAAGACCUACAACAACAACAACCAGAACAACUACUACGACUACUACACGAAACAUUGUAAUAACCACUAGACCAACAACAACAACUACUUCAACAACACCUAAGCCCACAACAAAAAGAACAACCUCCAAGAAGCCAAUAAUAACAACAACAACGAGAAAAGUUCAAGUGAACACAACAACAACAACACAAAGAACAACAACUAAAAUGAUUAAAACGACAACCUCGAGUACCUCAACAACUGGAAAAAUUAUUACAGACCCGACAACUGUUAUCAGCACCACUGAGCCGACAAAGAAGCGCAUUACUUGGAAGGUAGAUCCCGACGAUAUUGCUGGGCAUAUGCCUGUUCAUGGAAAUUCACCCAAUCCGGCCUUGAUGGUGUUAUACCUUCUCAUCGCUGUUGUUCUGGUAUUAGUCCUUGGCAAUAUCGCCCAUCGAUGGGUAAUACCACUGGCCGAUGGAAACCGCCGGAACGAGAAGUCAGUUAGCUUCAAGAGAGCAAUCGCCGGGUUAAGGAAGCCGGGUAGAUUUUCCAGAAAUCGUAGAAGUGGCAUGGAUCAGCCAUUGUGCGAUACCGAUAACGAGGAUGGUGAUUACUUCGAAACGGACGGCACGAGAUUCGAGGAAAUGGGCGUGGACAUACGGAAUGGAUCGGAUCUAUAAGGGCCCCGCUGGGUCUCUAAAAAACCUCUUCAAUAGGGGACGCCCUAUCAACAUUGUACAUAUAUGCCUAUAGUAUAGGAAAAUUUGUAAACAAUUUGUGCAAGA